AGUUUAAAGCCACGUUUGUGUCGUAUCAGUUCUUCGGCUCGGCCUUUUUAAGUAAAAAAACACAAAUUCGUCCUUUUUUUGCAUAACAAUCUCAAUAAUUUCAUAGCAAUGGCUGACAUCAGAGCAAGAAUUGAGAGCAUUGAUGGCUGCAUGAGUACAAUGAAUGGAAGUAACAAGAUGUUUACUCCCAUGCCAGGUGGCCGCACCCGGAAAUCAAUCAAAACCAAAUCAUUCAGACAAAGUCUACAGACAACUCUGGGUUCAUCGCCUGUUCUCUGUAAAGGCCAGCGAAAGACUCUUCAAGUUAUCCAGCCAGCAGUAUGCAAGAAAAAACUUGUCGAUUCAACGAACAAGAUUAAGACCCCCAAGAGAAAACACAACUCUGAUGUGAUUGACAAACCUAGUAAAGUCUCAAGAAAUGAUAAGAAUAGUCAGCACUUUCCAAUCUACGAAGACCCUAAAUCAAGCUCAGAGAAUGAAACGGAGACAGAGCAAGCGAAGACAGCUGAGGAAGAGGCAUAUGAGUUGAUGAUACAGGAGCCUGCCCCACAGAGCUAUUGGAAAGACAUCGCUGAGGAGAGGCGAGUAGCUCUAGAAGAUACACUCGUAGAAAACCAACAGCUCCAUGAGACAAUAGGUGAAUUAAGAACAGAGAAUGGCAGACUACAAGAGAUGGCGGACCAGGCUGAGUAUCUUGCCAAUGUCUUACAAAACGUUAUAGAUGGAAAGGAAAUGGAUGCAGACGAAGAGGCUGAAGAAAAUAACAAAGAUGACAACUCUGAUGAGGAAGAAAGUGACAGAGUCGGUGAUAGUCCACCUCAAAAAGACAGCUUGGAAAACAAAGGGGCCAGUGACAGUAGUGAGUACAAGCACAACACAUGUUCUAAUGUCAUUAAUGACAAAGAUACAUUAUGAGAAAUGAAUUGAACUUGAAACUGAGAAGAAACAUUUUGCCAAAGACUAAAGACUUUUUUGUCGACGCCUUAAACCAUUUUGUGAACUGUUUUUGUGUUCGUUAAUCAUACUUUUAAGGAUCAAAACAUGUUUGAUGAUACCAGUUGUUGGUUCAUUUUGUGAAAAGACUUAAGGUUAGUUUCUAACAAGAAGAGACAUUUUGCCAAAUACUAAAGACUUUUUUGUCGUUGCCCUAAACCAUUUUGUGAACUGAUUUUGUGUUUGUUCAAUCAUAAUUAUAAGGAUCAAAAAUGUCUGAUGAAACCUUGUUAGUUCAUUUUGUGAAGGAUCGGUUAUUAUUUACAAACUUUCGGGAAAACAAUCAUUGGACCAAUGGUUUUCCAUUUUUUAGAGUAGCUGGUUUCAUUUAACAAUUCAUAGAUUUUCAUUUUUGCAUUCUGUUGAUAGCUUUCAGUGGUACAAUUCCAAUCAGUAAAAACAGUUCUUUGGUCUACAGCAAGUUGGUGAUUUUUGAGGGGUGGUAUUGCCAUUUUGCCAAAACGGAAAAAAUAUUGGCCCUAAAUGAAAUAAUCUUGCAAUGUCAUGCCAUGCCGAUUCAUUCGUUCUGCGUCACGGAAGUCUAGAGUCGCAGGUUUCAUUAACAAGUCGUUGGUUUUUCAUUUUUGACAGGUUACAUUCUGUUUAUAGAAUUCAGUGGUUCAAAUCUGUUAAAAGUUAAUUUGGUCUAGAGCAAGUUGGUGAUUGUCGAGAAUGAGAUUUGCAUUUUGCCAAAAUGGAAAAAAACAAUGCCCGAUAAACUUAUACUGCCAUAUCAUUUCACGCCAGUUCAAUUGUUCUGCAUCAUAGUAUUUGUUAGUUUUAACCGAUGAAACUUGAGCAAGUUGUUUUUCAAUUCCUGUAGGCAUACCCUUUUUAGAGAUAUGAUGGACUACACAGGAAUGCACUGUUCGAUUUGUGUGUAUUAAAAAAGAAUCACCCAAACCAAAUAGUGCCCUUGCAAUGCGUCUUCCAUAACUCAACAUAAUUAAUGGGGGACUUUUGGGACACUAGGUGGCAGCAGACUUACCAGGUAGAUCCAUUGUUCCUGGCAAUA